UCUCUCUCUCUCUCUCUCUCUCUCCAAUCUUCUCCAUUUCCAAACUCUUCAAUUACUUGUAGCGUUUAAUCUCCAGAUUUCUCCUUUGUUUUCCCUUUUUUUUGGAGAUAUUUUUGGAUUUUGUGUGAAUAUUUAUAUAUAACUGUACGAGGAAAUGGAAGUUUCGGUGAUGGGUAGCUCUCAGGUGAAGAUAGGGAGGUCAGAUUUGGCGUAUAGAGAUGUUGGGUUUUGUAACUUUAGCAGCAACAAUUUGAACGCUAAGAUUUUUGCUCGGAAUUCAAAGAUCUGUUUCGGUCAGACUAUCAAGUGCCCGCCAAAGUCUUCGAUUCAAUUCACCCUUAAAGCCUCCGCCGCAGCCCAAUCGGAAGCGGUCGUAUCAGACAAAGUCUCGGGCAAUACAAGAUCCAAUACUAUUGAUGGUGUGAGAUUAUAUGUUGGGUUGCCCUUGGAAACCGUUUCUGACUGUAAAACAAUAAACCACGCACGAGCUAUUGCAGCAGGCCUUAAGGCUUUGAAGCUAUUGGGGGUGGAUGGUGUGGAGCUCCCAGUUUGGUGGGGAAUAGCCGAGAAAGAAUCUAUGGGCAAGUAUGAGUGGUCAGGCUACCUUGCUGUUGCAGAGAUGGUCCAAAAAGUGGGUCUUAAGCUUCAUGUGUCGCUAUGCUUCCACGCUGCUAAAGAACCCAAAAUUCCCCUCCCUGAAUGGGUGUCUCGGAUUGGUGAAUUGGAUUCUAGUAUAUUCUUUACAGAUAGGUCAGGGCAGCAUUACAAAGAGUGUCUGUCAUUGGCUGUGGAUGAUCUUCCUGUUCUUGAUGGAAAGACUCCAAUUCAAGUGUACAAAGAAUUUUGUGAGAGCUUCAAGGCAUCAUUUUCACCUUUCAUGGGUUCCACAAUCACGGGCAUAUCAAUUGGUCUAGGACCUGAUGGUGAGCUUAGGUAUCCUUCUCACCACCAUCCAGCCAAGGGCAAUAACAGCCAUGGAGUUGGAGAAUUUCAGUGUUAUGACAAAAACAUACUCAGCUGUCUCAAACAGCAUGCUGAAACAUUUGGGAACCCUCUUUGGGGACUCGCUGGACCACACGAUGCCCCCAAUUAUGACCAGCUCUCGAUAUCAAACACCUUCUUCAAGGAGAAUGGAGGAUCAUGGGAGAUUCCAUAUGGGGACUUCUUUCUUUCCUGGUACUCAAGCCAGCUCAUACUUCACGGAGAUCGCCUCCUCUCACUCGCUGCCUCAACUUUCAACGACAGUCCUAUCACAGUUUCUGGCAAAGUUCCUCUCAUGCACUCAUGGUACAGAACCCGUUCCCACCCUUCUGAGCUGACUGCUGGAUUCUAUAAUACUGUCAACAGAGACGGUUAUGAAGCAGUUGUCAAGAUGUUUUCAAGGAAUUCCUGCAAAAUGAUCUUGCCAGGGAUGGACUUAUCAGAUGAACACCAGACUAAUGAAUCCUUCUCGAGUCCAGAGUCGUUACUCGCACAAAUUACAACUGCUUGCAGAAAGAAUGGAGUAGGGGUCUCUGGCCAGAACUCGUUAGUUUCUGGAGCUCCAAUGGGUUUUGAAAAGAUCAAGAAGAAUUUGUUGAGUGAGAAUGCGGUGAUGGACUUGUUCACAUAUCAGAGGAUGGGGGCUUAUUUCUUUUCUCCAGAACAUUUUCCUUCGUUUACCGAGUUUAUCAGGAGCCUAAAUCAACCAAAAUUGCAUUCAGAUGAUCUGCCGGUGGAUGAGAAAGAAGCUGUUGAUUCUCUACCUGCUAAGGAUCUCCACAUGCAAACUGCUUAGAGUAACAAUUCCAUGAUAUAAUUAAAGUAGUAUAAGCUGCGUAGUUCCAUCUCAUAUGUAGAUAUUCUGUGAAAAAAAAAAUGUAGAUAUUCUGUAAUCUGAGGAGUUACUAGAUUCAAAUAGAGUAUUUUCUGCUUUUCCAAACACAAGUAAUUAACUGAGCUAUUCUUAUAUAGGGUGUUAAUCGAGAUGAUAUACUUGUUCAUGGUUCGGAUAAGACUUGUGAUUUAAAAGAGCUGCACUUGAAUACUUUUUUAGGCUCGUUAAAAAAACUCUCGACUCGUUUAUAUGUAAAAUAGUUGAGCUACUUGAACUCAGCUCCAGUUCGACUUAGGCUUGGGGUUGGAUCAAAUUUUAAAUAAGUUAAACUUGAAUAUUUUUUUAGGCUUGUUUAGAAAAACGAAUUCGAUAGACUCAAACUCAAGUUCGCAAAGUUCAUCUCGAUUAACACUCUAUUCUUAAGUGGUUGCUUGCUUUGGUCAGGACUUGAGAAGUUCUCUCCCUCUCUAUAU